GCCGAUUGAAGUGUACGACCAAAAUGUCUGUACCUCUGCUGGUUCUCGUCCUGCUCUGUCCUACAGGUGGGGACAUGAGAUCCACACAUCAUGCGGACAAAAGUAAGGACAUAAAACAUUGUAAUUAUUUUAAGUGUAAAAUACAUUGUAAAAAUGAUUCUAUGCUUUAGAUCUCUAAUUCAUAGAAAUAUUCAACUUAUCAGUAAAACAAUCAAGUAUUCUCAUUUGAGAUAUUUACAUGUGUCUAAUUAAAGUGCGUUAAAUCGUAUGUAGAAAUGUUACGAUAAAUAAUGUUCUGCCGUAGGGAGAAGUGGGGGGGGGGGAUCUGGGUGGACACCAAGCUAAACAAAGCGUAAUUCAAAUUAAUUUUUAAUGAUUGCGUUUUAUGGUUACAAUAAUAAAUGCUCAGUAAAAGGAAAUUUUAGCCAAAGCAAUACAUACAUGUAUAUAUAAUAUAUAUAAAAAUAUAUGUUUAGUCUUGAAUUAAAAAGACUAGACAUAUUAAAAGGACAUUUCGUUCAGAUGACUUUCUUCAGCAGACACGACAAAACUAGAAACAGUGAAGGAUUAGAAAUAUCUCUUAGACAUAUAUUACGCUUCUGGUGUGACUCGCGGACAACUUCCUAAUUUACUGCUUCAUAAUUAGCGAAAAUUUGUAUUGAGAGUAUAUUAAAAAAUAAUUCUAAAAGUAUGAAAGAAAGUAUGGUUAAAUAAUGAGUUCAAUAGCGGGAAAAAUAUUAUUCCCGAUAACUACGCUAAAUGUUGUUGUUUUUUUUAUAUAUAACGCAACUGCCUUUUUGCGCGUAAUAUAUUCCUUUCGGAAAAUGAAAUAGCCUCCUUUUAAGUAUGGUGUAAAAAUUUUUCGUUUUAAUAGUGGUUGGUACAUCAAAAUAUUUAAUAUAGUUCAUAGGCUCGAAAUAAAAAGUGUGCAGUAACGUAUCAUUGGGGAAAGGAUGUUGCAAAAAUUGUAAUUCUUAGAAGUGUGUUACUUGAGUUCAUGUUUUGUCAAAUAACUUUAGUAGAUUGGAAGUUCACGCAUUGCUGUCACUAAUGUUUUGGGGAAACGGGUGGGGGUGGGGGGCAGGGUGUAAUAUCUAAUGUAUCUUACAUUACUUAUUGCGUGUACACUGCCCCUCCUCCCGUGUCGCCACUUUUAAGCAUGGUGUCGUCUCAACAUAAAACUCACCGUUCUUGAGAUAUUGCUUUUCAAGAAUCUCCCUCCUUUAAAACUAAUUAAAUAAUUACGUUUGUGAGAUAAAAUGGUAUAUAUAUAUAUAUNAUAUAUUUAUAUAUAUAUAUAUAUAUAUAUAUAACAUAUAUUCGUUUGGUAAUUGAUUUGUUAAAGAAUUGGAUACAGGAAAAAGCGUGUUCACUAAUCACAGGUUGCUGGUGUCCAGGUAAAGCUAAACUUUGGCGCCCCUUUUAAGUAUAAACGUAAGAAUAUGUACAGGGAAAGAAACUCUUCAUUCGGUAAUGAGUUUAUUAAUUAGUUUUGUUUUAUUUUUCAAUAACAAUGAUAAAAACAAAUUUAUUUUUUAACUUGUAUUUUGACAGCAUGAUCAAUUUGGUUACCGUGAUCAGUAUGAAAAAUUAGUCUACCGCCGGCAGUAUGAACAAUUAGCCAACCGAAGACAUUUUUUUUUCUAUCCUUUCUAGAUUAGCAUAUCUCUUAUUGAACUUACUGUUUUUCUUCCAUGGCGCCAACAUGCAAAGUUUUUUUCUUAUUUUAGAAGAUCGUUAAUGGCACCCUAAACAUUCGGCGCGUCGGGCAACUGCCCUAUUUGCCGGUAUCUUGAGCCGGCUCUGCCUAAACAUUCGGCGCGCCGGGUAACUGACCUAGUUGCUGGUACCUAGAGCCGGCUCUGCCUAAACAUUCGGCGCGCCGGGUAACUGCCCUAGUUGCUGGUACCUAGAGCCACCUCUGCCUAAACAUUCGGCGCGUCGGGCAACUGCCCUAGUUGCUGUACCUAGAGCCGCCUCUGCCUAAACAUUCGGCGUGCCGGGCAACUGCCCUAGUUGCCGGUACCUAGAGCCGCCUCUGCCUAAACAUUCGGCGUGCCGGGCAACUGCCCUAGUUGCCGGUAUCUAGAGCCGCCUCUGCCUAGACAUUUGGCGUGCCGGGCAACUGCCCUAGUUGCUGGUACCUAGAGCCGCCUCUGCCUAAACAUUCGACGUGCCGGGCAACUGCCGUAGUUGCCGGUACCUAGAGCCGGCUCUGCCUAAACAUCCUAGGUGCAAAGUCCUUUUUUCCCCCACAACCUGAACCCCAUGCAAAAUAUACGUCUUACCCGCUUCUAUUCCUAGCAUUAAAGUACAUUCAUUUCUUUGCCGACAAGGCAUAUCACAUUUACCAUUAGACAAUUUACAAAGAUAAUUCGCCGACAGUCACAGUCUGAUAGGUGCAUCCUGGUUUUUUAUGGUGUUAUUUUAUCCACAUUUCGAUGACUCUUUUAUUAGCUCUAGACACAUCCGGGUUGCUCGACUAGGUUUGUGAUGGGUGUGCCUCGUUAUCAGAAUAUGUAAACAAGGCAAGGAAUAAUAUCUGUUUUGUUGUUUUUUCUGCUUUUUUUGGUACUUUUGGAGCCGAAAUUGGUUUCUGUACAACUGUCUCAUUGGCGCAAGAAAUAGUGGGACAAUAAGUUCUAUUAAUCUGAUUUACAAAUUGAUGGGAUUUUAUUGUUUAAUUUUUUACCCAACCUGAUUCUCUAGGUCCAGGUGUUAAAACUGCCCAAAUGUAAUAUGCUUAUUCAAUCAUUUACUGACAUCGCGUAGUCCCUGUGUGAACCAUUUGAAUUGCAUAACAGAUACUCUCAUCACACUAUAGCCUUUUAAAAGCUGGCAUGAUGAAUUUAUGUGGCUCUUAAGCAGGGGAUCCCAACCCUAGACAGCCUGCCGUCACACUAACUCCUGAUCCUAAAAGCAGCUAAAUAAAUCAGUUCAACAAAAUGUUUAUGUUAGUUUCUAGAAUAUAUUGAGUGACCAAUCGGCUAAUUCACAUUAUUUGUCCAUAUUUAUUUUAAAACAACUAAUAUUUUAAUUGUGACACCUGUAUAAGAGGAAAUAUGUACUUGAAAUUUUCACAGGGUCUGUGGCAUGCUUCAAUGACUUGGGAUGUUUUGCUACUGAAGGUCCCUUUGGUUAUAGCGCGGAGAGACCUCUGGUCUUAUCGCCACAGACACCAGAGCGAAUUGGGUAGUUAUACAUUGUUUAUUUUAAUCAGAGCAAAUUGGGUCGUUUUAUAUAAUAAAUUAUAUAUCAGAGCAAAUUGGGUAGUUAUAUACUGUUAUUUAUAUCGUAUUUAGAUAAUUUAUUAAUAUAACAAAAGAAAAUUGGAUUGCUCGAUUGGUUAAAACCAGAUCGUAUUUGGUUCUUAAAUACGUAUGUUAUAAACAUAGACAAUGAGAAAUUUUAGUUUUAAAUGGUUAUAACCAGACGUCAUUUGAUAGUUAGAUAUUGAAUAGAUGUGAACAAUGUAUUUAAUUCAUCUAUAUGUAAAAUGUGCUCAACAUUGUAUUUUCAAUUAAAUUUUUAUGGGGAAAUCGAUUUUUUUAAAAGAAAUUGAUCAUUAACGUUGAUGAUUUGAUUUCGUUAAUCUUUAGAAUGAUAUUUACCUUUUGUAUUCAAGAUUUUUAUGUGUACAUACUUUUUAAAAAUAUUUUUUUUCCCAUUUUGUUUUUCUUUUUAGAUUUAAAACACCUUUUAAAAUGCUAUAUUCUUUUCAGAACCGUUUUCCAACUUUACACUCGUGAGAGCGGAAGUACAUCUCAGAACCUGGAAGCUGUCCACCUGGACAGAAUUCUCGCCACAUGGACCCACUUCAAAGCUCGGCCAACAAAGAUCUUGUCCCAUGGCUUCAUGGAUAAUUCAAAUGUAACACCUUUCCAGCGUGUGAGUACCUUCUAGAAAGUGGUGCUUUAUAUGUGUGGGUUGGUCUCUUUAGGAAGUCUAGCAAGAUAUCUAAAAUAAAUUUAAUCACUAGUUAAAAAAAUUCAGUGAACUCCUUUUGUAAUAACGGCUACCUAUUAAUUCUAUUUUGAAUGAUUUGUGACGUUUAGGGGAGCACGCUGGUAAAUUCCUAUAGAUUAGGGAACAAAGGAAUUUUUAAAAUCUAUCAUUCCUCGCCCCGAGUGAACGAAUUCAUCCCGAGUGUGCCGAUCAUAAGUGUCUGUGGCCAAGAGGGCGGGAUGUAUCAACCAACAUUUGUUUAGCUUUACAUCUUUCUUCAAAUAGUUCUUCGAGUGAAAGAUGUUUAUUUUGUGUGAUAUCUAUUAAAUGUAGAACCUCAAAGACAAGCUUUUGGAAUACGGUGAUUUCAAUGUUGUCAUUGUGGACUGGUCCAAAGGAAACUCUCCCCCCUACACACAGGCCACAGCCAAUACCAGAGUUGUGGGUGCACAAAUAGCUUUGUUGGUCAAGGAGCUCGUGGUAAGUUGUCUUUUCGUCUUGUUUAUUGUUUAAAUGACGUGAUUGAAUAGUUCAAGUAAAACAACUGGAACAACCCAGUUGGCAUUCAUUGAUUUUUAUGCAUAUAAUACAUACUAUAUAUGGCAUUCUUUCAUCUUCGGGAAAUGAUGAUGUAGCUACGUGCCCUUCAACAAAUGACUCACUAGACCGAUCCUGGAAUGGCAAUCUUGGCUUCAUUUCUCGCAGGAAAAUAUUGACUCCCGGUUGCAUUUAACCCUUCGUAUUGUUCUUUGUGUUGCAUAGGCCUCGUUUCACGUAUCUUCUUACUUUUGACCCCUUUAUACACUGCUGUUCACAAUGUUGGCUCUCCUCAUAUUUCUGUUGCAAAAGUCCAUAAAUCGCAGGUGUGGCCGUCCAAUAAGUCUUGUCCCUUCUGCCAACUCUACAGAUAAGCAGCUUCUUUGGACUACAGCCUUCAUCCAUUCACCUUACCAGUGAAAGAGGCUCCUGCUAAGAGCGAACAAAAUGCUAAACAUUUGUGCACGUUCCAAGACCUCCGUGUUUGGCGCCUUGUUCUGCCAUCGAAUGUGUAAAAUGCGACUCAGACAUCUUUGAAGGAAGAUUUUGAGCUUCCGUUCAGGAUUGGUAUAUGUGGUCAACACUGCACUGCCAAAUAGGAGCAUACUAAGUAAACAUGCCUGGCAUACUCUUAACUUUGUUUUAUCAGUUAGAGAUUAUUCCUCACCCGCAUAUUCAGUUCAGCCAUUGUUUCUGAUGCUUUUUUUUAUCGUGAUAUUCAAUUCUUCUUCAGUGGAAAGAAAACUAGAUCUUUUGGAUCUGAGGUAUGUGAAAUGCUCAACAAUCAACAGUUGAUUGUGGCGCUAAAUUGAUAUGAUGGAGGGACGGUGCUCCUUGCAUCAAGAUAUUUGUUUUCUUUAGACUAAUUAACAAUCAAAACUCUUUACAAGCGUGUGAUAGACUAUUAACUAGCCACUGAUGUUUAAGCAGCAUCGUCAGCUAAAUGCAAUUUACGAAUUAGUACCUUUUUUAGCAUUGUCCUUGCAAAAAGGCAGAAAAAAUUGAACAGCAUUCCAUAUCAAAUCGGUAUGGAUGUUAACUCCGUCUUCCCAAUACCUGAAUGCAAACUGAAGGAGCGUCGAGAGAAAAAUGGAGAAGAGCGUUUGUGCCAGUACACAGCUUUGCUUUACCUCCCUGCUGGCCAGAACUGCUGCAGAGACCACGCCAUUGAAGUUUACAGUGUUGUGUGUGUUAUUGUGUAAUAACUGUAUGAUUGUAAGCAAUCGUGUGGGAAAACCACUUCUAUGCAAGAUACUAAACAGUUCUCUCCGACCACCAAGUUGACUGCAUUUGUCAGCUCCAUGAGAACAAUAUAAACAGGCAUAUGUUAUUCACGACACCCUGCAUUUGGCGUAAGGAGAAUAACAUGUCUCUAGUUGAACGCCCACUUCGGAAGCCACACAGUGACUCUGGGUAGAUGCGGUUUGCCAGACUCUGAAAUCCUUGAAGGUAGACACGGGCAAACGUCUUUCCAACUAAGAAACAAAAAAAAAUUCCUAGGCAGUUAUUACAAUCAUUUUGGUCCCUUUUAUCUUUGUAAAAUGUUACGCUUUUGACGUCUCUUAUGUCUCCGAUUCAUGGACGACACUUAUUUUAUCAUUAUGCAAAAUACUAUAUAUUAGCAUGUUUUAUACUUAUUUUGACUCUAUAAAAAACUGAUAUAUUUGGCUUAGAUAAAUAAAUAUAUAUAUAUAUAUAUAUAUAUAUAUAUAUAUAUAUAUAUAUAUAUAAUAUAUGUAUCUAUAAAUAUAUAUAUAUAUAUUUUAUUUUUAUAUUUAUAUUUACUCUAUAAAAAACUCAUAUAUUUGUCUUAUAUAUAUAUAUAUAUAUAUAUAUAUAUAUAUAUAUAUAUAUAUAUAUAUAUAUAUAUAUAAUGUAUGUAUCUAUAAAUAGAUAUAUAUACAUUUUAUUUCAAAAUAUAUUGCGUAUCUAGAAAUUAAAUCCCUGAGAUAACAUGAUAAUAACAAAAUAUACCGUGGCUACAUUUUAAAAUCGAUAAUAUCAGUUCUAAAAUUAAAAGAAAUAAAAAUAAUUCACAGAAAACCAAGAACGUCACAGCUGCUGACUUUCAUCUGAUUGGUCACAGUCUUGGAGCACAUAUUUCUGGGUACGCUGGAGAGAGAAUUCCAGGACUGGCUAGAAUUUCUGGUACAAAUUAUCACAUUAAUUUUCCUUUGGGCUUUCAGCAUUGUGAAUAUGAAAUAGAUGAUGAUCAGGACUAAACUUUUGCAGAAUCAACAUUUAAAAAUUUAAACUUAACGAGUGGCCAAAGCCCCGUAAGGAUACAAUUUGAAAAAAAAAUAACGUUGGAAUUCAGUCUCUAAGAAGGAAAAACAAAGUUAUUUGCAGAGUUACACUAAAGGUUGAGUCAGACAAAGUGUGGAUGCAGUGUUAGACAAAGUGGGAAUAAAGAGUUAGACAAUAUGUGCAUGCAGAGUUAGACAAAUGAUAGUAUACAAAGUGUUGAGUCAGAGUUAGACGUAUGGUGGAGUUAGAGUUAAACAAAGGGAAAAGCAGAAUAAGACAAAAUAUGUUGACAGAGUUGAGCAAAACUUAGAGGAACGUUAAGACGAAUGUUUGAGGCAGAAGAACACAAAGUGUUGACGCAGAGUUAGACUAUGCUAUUUUUUUUCCUUUUCUAAUUCUCAAAGUUACCCCUUUUCUAAUGUGCCGUUAACCCAUUUACUGCAAUGAUUCCAUUGGGAUCAUUCACUUUCAAUCUUCUAGUGGCGCCACCUGCUAUCUACUUAGGAAACAACCAUGUGCACAUGACUCAUCAGUGUUGUGCCUGUGAUGCGGAGGCUAAAUAAUGCGAGGCAGCUAUUUUCGUCGCGUGAGUCGGACCCCGGAUUUGCAAACAGACCAUUUGAUUAUCCAAGAGACUCCUUUUUUUAAUUUUUGUUGGUUUAUCUUGAUGAAUUUUAGUUGUUUAGUACAAUAAUUGCACUUUUCACUUUUUCAUUAAUUUUAUAGUUUUGAUGACUGCUGUUGCCCGAAAUAUAUCGAUACACAUUUUUGGAUCAUAUCUGAUCUGACUAGAAUUUAGAUAAUAUUUUGCAAUUGCGUUUUACAGUAAAUGGUGCGAUACAGGGUCCUUUUUAAAAAAUAAAUUGAUGCUAUUAUAAAUGACAAUGCGUUUCGGAGUUCUUAUGAAGAAGGAUAACAAUGAUCCUAUAGAUAUCGUGGAACUUCCUCCAGAUCGAGAUGACAAAGUGUCAGACAAUGAAGAUAUUUGAUGACAACAGUUUUGAUGAUGAUGCACCGGGCACUUUGUUUACUGUCUAAAAAGCUAUUGCAACCACAUGCAAUUCUAUGAUGACAAGGCUACAUUGCACUCAUGAUGACUCAGGCGUGUCCGGACUUUUUGAUUUCAGCAAUUCUGUAGCCAGAGCGUAUCUUGCUAUCUCUCCACCAAUUUCAGACCCCAAAAAGUCUGGGAGGAAAUCUUUCUAGAAACCAUUCAAAAUUCGUGUUUCUGUUGAUGUGAGAACCUCUGUAACUAGUCACUACAUUAAACGAACAGAAACAAGCAAACAAAGGAAGUGUUCAGUGUGUAAGACUAACGUAAGAAAACAGUGCUGCGAAUGUAAUGUUGGACAACAUGUUGAGAGCAGUAAAUGUAAUGGUGGACUACAUGUUGAGUGCAGCAAAUGAAAGUUAAAAUACAUGUUGAGCGCAGCAAAUGCAAUGAUAGACUACAUGUUAAGUGCUUUCUGGUACGGCAUUAAAAACUAGGCCGUAUCAGUCAUGAUCCCCAUUUUGGAAUGCCCCAACAAUUAGGAAUUUUUUAAAAAAAUUCGGUGAUAUGAUCCAAAACACAUGAUUUCUUUAUUUAACAGAUGUAAACGUAUACCAAUAAAAAGACAAACAUAUUCAGAAAAAAUGGCAGUAAACGGGUUAAUGCAGCACAAAUAUAUUUUUCUUAUUGAAAAGUUCAUUUUUAUUAUACACCGCCGGUUGUCUGGGACUACAACCGUAGCAAACUCCAGCUUCAAACUUCACAAGAUUAACUAAAAAGAUGUGUGAACGGGGAUGGGGACGGGGGCUAAUGCAAAAUCUUUAAUGGCCAGGGUAGAUGUGUGGCGAAUAAGUUUGGAAGACACUGCUGUAGAUUUUUCUAUUAGUAUAUUCAAAUAAAUGAAAUAUUUUCUGAUACUUCAUAAACAAUAAUACCAACCUAAGGCUUUUUCAAUAAUUAAUUUAUAUAUAGGGCAGUAUAGUUGUGUUGUUUUUUUUUUUAAAUUCUAAAAAGGCAUUGACCCAGCAGGGCCAUAUUUUGAGAACACUGACCCAGUUGUAAGACUCGACCCGUCGGACGCUCUUUUUGUUGAUAUUAUUCAUUCAAAUGGCAAAUCUUUGAUACAGUUGGGUAAGUUUUAUUUUGAAAUAGUCUUAUAGUUAAAAUUGUUUUGUAAUAUAGUGUAAAUGUGUAAUUUCUGUUACACUUGAGUUUUGAUUCAUUACACUAGCUAGAAUCAAAACAGAUAUUAAGCCGAAGUAAAUUAGGUUUUAGCGUCAUUCUUGUGUCAACAAUUAUACAUUCAAAAUGAUCGUGUUUUGUUGCAUCGAGCCUGAUUAAUAGCAAACUCAAAGGGGUAAAGUACCACCAGCGUCAAGAGAUUGCCAAAAAUCGAGGCAGGUUGAAGAAAUAGUCCUUCGCGUAUGUGAACGACCAAAAUAAAGAAUUUAAGGACUAAGUCUCUUUUAAUAUCAGAGGGUAUGUACUUCCCUGUGGCCGCCUACAGUGGUGCCACUGAGAGCGUGUGUUCCUUAUUCUCAUAUCUGGCACAUUGCUACAUAUGAUCGUAUGAUAUCUGGUAAAUUUGUUCGAGAUAGUCUAUCAUGAUUCGCUAUUUAAAAACAGCACAUGGUUCUAGACAAUGAUGUCUUCCCAUUAAAAUGCGUUAAGUGCUAUUGAACUUCAAAAAGAAAAAAAAAAUGAUCCAAGUUUUAUUGAGCUUGAUAUGCAUAUAACAUCCUGAUAUCAUUUGAACAAUGACAUGAAAACAUACCUCAACUAGCUUUGUUUGAUCAUUUUUGUGUUUUGCCCAAGUCAUUACUACAAGUUGUCUUUCUUUCUUUGCUCAUAGGUCUAGGCAUAAAGCAAGCGUGUGGUCACCUGGACUUUUUCCCCAAUCUUGGACGUGACCAGCCUGGAUGUAAGAGGAGCGCAUUUACACGGAUCGCACAGUUGGGUCUAAUGGAAGGUAACUAUCUCAGUUGGGUCUUACGGUAGUUAACUACUUUAGGUGAGUCUUACGGAAGGUAACUAUCUCAAUUUAGGUCUUGGAGAAGGUAACUAUUUGAGUCGGGUCUCACGGAAGGUAAAUUUUUCGAAUAGAUCUUGUGAAAAAUAAAUUUCUCCGUAGAGUAUCGCGUAAAUUAAAGUCUCAGUGUGUCUCAUGAAAUCCAAAUAUCUCAUCGAGUUUCAUAGAAGAUAAAUCGAUCAGUGUUUUUUUUUUUUGCAAGAUGAAUAUAUAAUUCAAAUGUUAAGGCUAUACAUGUUCAGCUUACCAAGAGGAACGUAAUGACUGAAUUAAUUAUCAAUCACCAUCCAGGUUUAAAUGAGGCGAUCAGCUGUAACCACAUCAGAGCACUCCACUACUACGUUGAGAGUAUCAACUCCAAGUGUCCAUUUAUGGGGUACCCAUGUAACAAUGAAAACGAAUUUUUAGUAAGUCUAUGAGUUAGUUACAUUGAUAUGAAAGUACGCGAAUGCACAAAAUAGCUAACGACUUGCUAAUGUCAUGCUAAUAACAUGCUGAUAGCAUGCUAAUAACCUUCAAAUUAAAUGCUUAUUAUAUGUUAAUUAUGUGAAAAAUAAAAUUUUGACCGAUCUGUAUUUAGAUACAAUGGCUAUAUGGGAAUUUAUUCAAUGAAAAUGUAAUUUUUAUUUAAAUGUAUAACAAUUUAUAACCAAUAACAGUUAAUGAUACAAUGUUCAUUGUUUAAUUGUUCAAAGAAUGGUAAAUGCAACUCUUGUGGACCUGAUGGAUGUCCUUAUAUGGGUUUCCACGCAGAUAAAAGCAAGCUUGCAAGAGGUCAAAGAAAAAUCAUUUAUUUGACAACGGCUGACAGACAGCCGUUCUGUCGUAAGUUCAUUUGCCAAUACUAAAAAAUACAUUAUAAAUAAAUACUGUUUUUUUUUACAAUAAAUGUGCAGCUUCAAUCCUUACGUCCUUUAUAAUGUACUAGGUAACUAAAGAAUAUAUCAAAGCGAGAAAUAACAAUUGUGUUGCGAUUUUUGUAUCUAUUUCAAUUACACAACUUUGUGUCUACACCAAACUACAGACACGCGUAAUUAAAAAAAAAUUAGCAAUGCAUGUACACAACCCUUAUAGUUUGACUCCGUGACAGAGUACCACAUGGAGAUUAAUUUGAAGUUGAGCUCCAGUCCGGGACAAGAGGAACGGGGUCAAAUCUCAGCUGUGUUGACAGGUGACAGUGGCACCACGACUACAAUCCCACUUAACACCAGGUGAUGAUUUAUUUCAAUAACUACCCUCUUUUUUUUCUUAUCGGAACUAAAUUUAAUAAAAAUGUUCUUGUAAUUAAAAAAUUGAAUUAUCCGUGAAACUUAUUGACACAACUGCUGCCAUUUCACAACAGUGAACGUUUUUUUUUUUUGUAAGGUUUUCACCCCAACUUACAACAACUUUGUUUUCUACAGUCCAGUUGUCUUUAGGCCUGGAAGUGUCCAUCAGUUCUCAGUGGCGACCCUUUCAGAUAUUUGGAAUAUCCGAUCAGUGACCCUGUCCUUUACACACAUCCCCCUUUUCCUUAACCCCUUCCAGUGGAACAUCCUAGGACUCAGACAUCCCAAAUUGUACAUAGAUGAAUUCGACAUCCACAGACAGGAGGCUAACGCAGAGUAAGUUCCCUGGAUCUCAUCUCGUCAUGUUUAGAUGUUGCGCCAGCUUUGGCUAGUUUUCUUUCAUUUAAUUAUAAUCCUCUGAUGGUAGAAUUUUUGUUUUUACGCACGUCUUAUGGUAAUUUUUAUUCAACAUGUUGGAAAACUUUCUUCUUCUUUUUAAAAAAUAUAAAAAAAAUAUGUACACGAUUGUCCGAUACUACUUUUUAAAGAAAGAUUAAAAACGUUCAGUAAAAAUCAGUAUUAAUUUUCAAUAAUUACUCUUCUAAAUAUAUAACUCUUUCGAUUUUAUAUAUAUAUAUAUAUAUAUAUAUAUAUAUAUAUAUAUAUAUAUAAUGUUUGUUUUAAUUACUUUAUUUUCAGAAAUCGUUUCUGUGGCUCUGGGAUCAGCGUUGAAACUGGCCAUUCCAUUACCUUGUCUAAGCCUUGUUAGUGUGUAUGGAAACUGAGCUUCAUAUUACCUUGUAACAUCCUGUUUAGCAUGUAUGGAAACUGACCUCUAAAUUACCUAAUCUCAUUCUUGUUAACUGAUAUGGAAACUGAUCUAUUCAUUAUUUUAUCUCAUCAUUGUUAUUAUAGGAUGGCUAGCAUUCUAAAAUGAAUUUCAUUAUUGACUUUUAAAAUAUAUGUAUUGUUUAUAUUUCUGGAUGCGUUAUUGAAUUAAGUCAAAUUAAUGUCAUACACAUAUACUGGCCCCAUCACCUAAGCG